GGGAGACCUGGGAGCUCUCCCCAAAAGGAAUCUGUUGUCUCCACAGUUGGACAAAACAAAUAAUUGCCACCUCCACUAUGAAGCUGCUGAUAUUCCUCAUGCUCACUGCCCUUCCCCUCUACUGCUAUGCAGGUUGUGGAUGCAAUCUUCUGGAAGAUUUACUUACCAAGGCACUGGAUUCUUCUAUGACCCCUGAAGAAUAUUUGUCGCAUUUUCACGAAUUCAGAGAGCAUGAGGACACUCUGAGGGCUUUACAUACCCUGAAGCAAUGUUUAAAUCAUCAGAGUGAAGAUGUUCUGGAGAGCAAUAGAAUAUUCAUGAAAACAAUAUAUAAUUCUGCAUCGUGUUCUGCUUUUUAACUUUCCACAAGAUCUUCGACUCAAAGGACAGCACAAAUGCUCCAGAACCAAAAUCUCAUUGAGACUCAGUAUACCUCUCAGUCUUUCUUUGAAUUUGACGUAAAUUGAGUUUUGGUCUGUAAAAAAUUGUUGAAAUCUCAAAUACAUUUUCAUUUCAAUAAACUAUUUACAACUCUAAA